AUGAAAGAACCGCCUGCUGACCAGCGAAAAGCUGAAACCGGCCAACGUCCACCACCGCCUAAAGAAAAGAUCAAACCUCCAGUUGACUCAUGCAAUUACAUUUACCUGGCCCUACUUAUGUCCGGGGUUGGGUUUUUGCUUCCCUAUAACAGCUUUAUAACAGCUGUAGAUUAUUAUCAGGCCAGAUUUCCGGGGACCACAAUCGAGUUUGACAUGAGCCUGACUUACAUUGUUGUGGCUUUCUUCAGUGUUGUUGCUACCAACGCUCUUAUCGAAACAUUCAGUCUGCAAUUGAGAAUCACGUUUGGCUACAUUGUGGCGAUUUCCAUUCUUCUCCUCAUCACCAUCUGUGACAUCUGGCUGGAAAUGUUCUCCAAGGACACCUCCUACGGCAUUACGCUGACUGCUGUCGGCAUGGUAGCCGUCGGAUCAACUAGUAAUAUACGUGGAUAUUUAAUAUCUAUCUAUCUAUCUAUCUAUCUAGGUAUGUUCAUAUCUAUCUAUCUAUCUAUCUAUCUAUCUAUCUAUCUAUCUAUCUAUCUAUCUAACUAA